GGUGGAACCGGCUCCAUCACAAGCGACUGUGUCGGUGAUGGAUUAACGAUGCCUGGCGCCACCAGUCGAACACCGAUAACAUCGCUGAAAACAUGGCGGCGCUGUCGUCCCCGCUGCGAGUGUGUCGCGGGAUCCUGAAGGAGCUGCGAGCCUCCAUGGGCCAGGGCUACAGACAGUCUCUGGCCUACAACUAUGUCCUGGACCAGUUUCGGAAGAACAAGGUGACAGGAGAACGGUACUGCCGUGCCCAGCAGGAGGCACACCAUGCCUCGCACACAUACCUGUGUUUGCUGUCAUCCACCAGAAGCCACCUGGCCCUGCACAACCUCUACCACGGCAAGGGAGAGCACAGCAUUGAACAAGCGGCUGGCAUGGUGGGGCUCAGGUUGCCCACCCAGCCUGGAGGUAAAGGCUGGGAGAAGUGAGGACGAGGGAGGAUGCAAUAUCAUUAAACUCUUUGGAAAAGACUUCAUUCAGUCAAGUCCCAAAGGAAAAAUGGAGAAGCCAUCGUGGACUGUUUUGAGGGAGCACCUGUUGUGUUGUUCUGUAAAUAUAAUGUUCUCUACCCCUUCACCACAACCUGCUUUUAUUUGUGUUUCCUAAUUGUUGAAGCAUAUUUUGAAAGCCAAAGGCAAACAUGAAAAAAACUGUAAGUACACUGUCAAUUAAUUUUUCCCAUUAAAGUAUUAAUCACUG